AAAAUAAUCGUAUCUACGAUGCACAUAAUAUAGUAAAGAUAAGUAGGUACCACGUUUCUACGUUACCUAUUGUGAUUACAAUUUUUAUGUUUAUUAUUUUGUCUGUCAGGGCCGUUUGUAACGUUCACUCGUGACUCAUUUGCACUUAACGUUAUUUUUGUAUUUUGAAUUUUUUUGUUUGAUCGAAAUUUAAUAUUUUUCUAACCAACUGUUUUAUUCUGUGCUAUCGUCAUGGUGUUUGUAUGCAUGGUGAAAGGUUGCGAUAAUUCUAAGAAGUCGACUAUGAAGAAGUGCAAACGGUUUAGGAUACCUGCAGACGAUUUACGUCGUAAGAACUGGCUGAUAAAUUGUAGUCGCCAAGAUUUGUUAGAUAAAUCAUCGUCUCAUCAUGUGUGUUCAGACCAUUUCGAGGACCAAAUGUACAAAAAACCUGAUCGAAAAGUUUUACUGCCUACUGCUGUUCCUACUAAUUUCUGUAGUACCAGUAAUACUAGUCAAUCAUAUAAAGAAGCUGAUAUUACAGAACUAAUUAACUCGGGAUUUUCUAGAGAGCAGGUUAUUCAAGAAUUAAAAAGAUUCGAUGGAAAUAAAAAUCAAGCAAUGGCCUCCUUAUUUGCAAAAAUAUUAAAAUUUUGACAGUUGUCAGAAGUUUUUAACA